UUUCCAAUUUCCACAGUUAAUAGAAACUGCAGUACAAUUUAGGGAGGGUAUUUAUGUCAUUUUCCACAUACCCAAUUGUCUCUCCCCCGCUCCAAAAACCCCCAAAUUUAUAAUCAUUUUCCCUCAGUUCUCCCACACUCACACUUCUCGUCACCGCUCCGAAGCAAAUUAGGGUUUCGCCGCAAAUCUCAGUGGCCGACGAUGGCCGAAGCUUUGAACGACGCAGCCGUGGAAAACCUCGACAGUAUCGGGGACCAAGACACUAAUGCCAACCCUAGCGACGACAGCAAUAAACCCUCCACCACCGCCCCCGCAGAUGCAGUCCCCGACUCCACUUCAUCGCCGCCGCCUUCUCCUCCUCCUCCGCCGCGGCGCGGCAUCCGAGACCGUGAUAGAAACUCCCGCGAGCGGCGCGAUGACCGGGACUUUGACCGACCCCCUCGGCGUGAGUACUACAAUCGCAACCGCUCUCCGCCACCUCCACUUCCGCCGCGUGAAAGGGACUAUCAGAAGCGGGGAAGGCCGAGCCCGAGCCCUCCUCCACCGCCGUACAGAGACCGACGAGGUGGAGGCCAGCAUUCUCCUCCGGGGAGACGGUCGCCCCCAUUUCCACCUUAUAAGAGGAGGAGGGACGAUGGGUUUGACGGAAGGAGAGGGAGUCCUAGAGGUGGAUAUGGAGGACGAGGGGACCGAAGGUUUGGUUAUGAUCAUCCAGGAGGAUAUGAACGUGACAUGGGUGGUAGACCUGGUUAUCCUGAUGAAAGGCCUCAUGGGAGAUUUAUGGGCCGACCAUCUGGUGGCUAUCAAGAUUGGGAUUCUGGUCGUGGUGGUUUUGCUGAUGCUUUCAAUGCUGGGGCCCAAAGGGCGGGGUUGAUGUCGUAUAAGCAGUUUAUGCAGGAACUUGAAGAUGAUAUUUUACCAGCUGAAGCAGAGCGCAGAUAUCAAGAAUACAAAACAGAGUACAUAUCAACCCAAAAAAGAACUUAUUUCGAUGCGCAUAAGGAUGAACAAUGGUUAAAAGACAAGUAUCACCCAACAAACUUACUUGCUGUCAUAGAUCGGAGGAAGGAACUGGCAAAGAAGUUGGCAAAGGAUUUUCAGCAUGAUCUUCUAAGUGGGAAUUUGAAUUUAGGUCCUGGGGUUACUCCUUCCUCUUUGAACAAAGAAGAGCAAACCAGCGGCCCUCAUUUGGAGGAUGAAGGAGAUGCGGGUGGCAAAAGAAAACGGAAUGUUAGGGGUGGCACCGAAGAGUCUGAUCUUUCCUCUGCCCCAAAGGCUCACCCUGUCUCUUCUGAGCCCAGAAGAAUCCAGGUUGAUGUUGAACAAGCACAAGCUCUUGUUCGGAAACUGGACUUAGAAAAAGGAAUUGAGGAUAAUGUUUUAAGCCGUGCUGAUAAUGAUAGAAUGAGCAGAGACAAGUCUCAUGGAAGUUCAAGUGGUCCAAUUGUUAUAAUACGGGGCUCAACUGCUGUAAAAGGUCUUGAGGGGAUUGAGCUUCUGGACACCCUUCUUACUUACCUCUGGCGCAUUCACGGGGUUGAUUAUUAUGGGUUAGUUGAAUCGAGUGAAGCUAAAGGUUUCCGGCAUGUUAGAGUGGAUGGCAAGAAUUCCGACUCAACUGCUAAUGCAAAUGAGUGGGAAAACAAAUUAGACUCUCAUUGGCAAGAGAGGCUGAAAGGCUCAGAUCCCCUGGAGGUAAUGUCUGCAAAGGAGAAGAUAGACGCUGUUGCUGCUGAAGCUUUGGACCCACAUGUCCGCAAAAUUAGAGAUGAAAAAUAUGGUUGGAAAUUUGGAUGUGGAGCAAAAGGCUGUACGAAACUCUUUCAUGCUUCUGAGUUUGUCCUCAAACAUUUAAAGUUGAAACACCCCGAGCUUGUGAUGGAACUGACAUCAAAAUUGCGUGAAGAAUUGUAUAUUGAGAACUACAUGAAUGAUAAAAAUGCACCUGGAGGGACGCCUGUCAUGCAGCCAUCUUUUCAGAAGGAUAAGCAACUGAGACGUAGGCCUGGCCUGGAUAAUAGAAUGAAAGAUGACAGAGGAAACCAGAGAGAACGAGACAACCGUGCCAAUGGCAAUGAUAGAUUUAAUAGACCUGAAAACCCUCAAUCUGAUGAUUUCCAAUCGGGUAAUGAUGGUGGUGCUCCCGGAGACAAUCCAGAUGAACAAAUGUUUGAUUCUUUUGCAGCACAACACAUGUCUCUUGGUCCUUUUUCUGGAGAUAUUCCUCCUCCUGUGCUGAUGCCUGUUCCUGGAGCUGGUCCACUAGGGCCUUUUGUACCUGCUCCUCCUGAAGUUGCUAUGCAAAUGAUGCGAGACCAAGGAGGACCUUCCCCGUUUGACGGUGGCAGAAAUGGAAGAUCAGGGCCCCAGCUAGGUGGACCUGCUCCAAUUAUUGCGUUACCCUCUAAUUUUCGACAGGAUCCUAGACGCUUGAGAAGCUAUAAUGACCUGGAUGCACCAGACGACGCAGUGACUGUUAUAGAUUACCGGAGUUUAUAAAUCGCAUGCGAACUCUUCUGUCUUUCACUUCUCACGAGGCAUCAUUCCCAGUUCUGUAAACAUGCAAUGAGUUUGGAUUGAGAAUUCCGUGCUCCAAAAACUGCACCAGGUAAGUGGAGGAUCUGCUUGUGCAUUUGGUAUUCUGAGAAAAUUUUCGAGAAAAUUAUUCCCCCCGAUGGAGAGUUGUAGAUUGGCAUGUAAAGUGCCGUGUAAUUUAUUUGUAGACAAUUAAGAUUAUUUUGCAACUUUUUUUUUUUGUUUUAAAUUAGCCUAAAUAAUUAUCUAUGUUGUUGAAUCUUGUAAGAUGUGGGAAACCCAUAUAGAUGGAUAUUUUUUGUUGUUUAUAGACUUGGGAAGAAAAACAUGUGCUGGUUGUUGAUGCUCGAAAGCAUGGUUUGUGCUCUGCUUGUUUAUUUGACAAGAUUUGAAAAUCGAUUCAAGCACCACUUCGUAA